AUGGAGUCUACAGGCCAGUGUGGAAUGUGGAUAGAUAGGGAAGAUUUAGUUGUUUUACCUUUACUACAAAUAUAUGUUUUUAUUUUCCAGAUAAAUAUACAGAUAUCCUCCGUAAUCUGCAUGAGCGAGAAUGAAUGCCAACUGCAUGUACAGAGUACUGGCUACAAAAACAUACAUGUUUAUGUGCUGCCGAUUGCACACUCUGGACUGGCUCUUACCUCGUGUGCCGUGCACACAACACACGGACCCAGAUUGAAGACCAGUCCGACAAUUCACAACCUGGAAGAUGUUGAGAUGUUGAGAUGGCUUUUCCAUGCCCUGCCACGCCGUGCCAUGCCAAGCCUUCUUUUUUUUAACCCUUACAAGUUAGGGAUCUCGGCCGUUGCCAGUUCCCGUCGCCGAUGUUUCAGAACCCGAUGCCGAUGCCGAUGCAAAAGAGUACUCCGUAUACCUUAG